AUGGAGGAAUUGACUAAUCAACUCUACAUUAAAGCUAAGGAGCUCAUUAAGGAAGUUGAGGAUUGUGGUGGUAUGACCAAGGCCAUCGAAACAGGUUUACCAAAGAGAAGAAUUGAAGAAUGUGCUACAAAGAAACAAGCCAGAAUUGACUCUGGACAAGAAAUCAUUGUUGGUGUGAACAAGUAUGUCACCAAGGAAGAAGCCAGCUAUGAAGUUCUCAAGAUUGACAACACUAAAGUCAGAAAUGAACAAAUUGAUAGACUCAAUAAGAUCAAGUCAGAAAGAGACAAUUCUCGUGUCAGUACCUUGUUGAAGCGCUUGGAAGAAGCAGCCAAGACAGGAAAAGAGAACUUGUUGGCUGUUGCUGUUGAAUGUGCUAAGGCUCGUGCCACUGUCGGUGAAAUUUCUUCUGCUCUCGAAAACAUUUGGGGACGCUAUGAAGCCAAGCCAGAAAUUGUGAGUGGUGCCUAUUCUAGCACUUGGAAACAAGCUGAUUUGGAAAAGUUGGAUACUGAUCGUGUGGAGAAGAAGGUUAAGGAAUUCGCAGCCAAGAAUGGUAGAAAUCCAAGAAUUCUUGUUGCCAAGAUGGGUCAAGAUGGUCACGAUCGAGGCGCCAAAGUAAUCAGUUCUGGAUUUGCUGAUUUGGGCUUUGAUGUUGAUGUUGGACCAUUGUUCCAAACACCAAAGGAAGUUGUUCGUGAAGCCGUCGACAAUGAUGUCCACGUUAUUGGUGUGAGUUCUCAGGCAGCUGGUCAUAGAACUCUUGUUCCUGCCUUGAUUAAGGAGUUGGAAAAUGCUGGAUUGAAGGGUCAAGAUCGACCUGUUAUCGUUGUGGGUGGUGUUAUUCCACGUGAAGACUAUCAAGAGUUAUAUGAAGCUGGAGUUGAUUUGAUCUUUGGACCUGGUACCAAGGUGACUGAUGCUGCUGAAGGAUGUGUUGAUUUGUUGAUGAAGAGAGCAAAACAUUAA